AUGUGGGCCGGCGGGGAAGUGCACAUGAACCCUUUGCCCGAGCGUAGGCUGCGCCUCGACGGGUCGCGCGCGGCGUGCGUGGAGCGCAUUCUCGACGUAAGCGUGAAAAAGGCGGAGACGGAGAACCCGCUCGUGUUCGUGUCGCUGGAGCGGCGUAUGGGCCAUGUUGGGGAGAGCGAGUCGGAUGAGGCGGUGCGGGCGAGGCUUCUGGGAGACGAUGGGGCGGUGGCGGUGAGGGAGUUGCGGGACGUGGUGUUUAUGAAGGCUGCGGGACCGGGAGGGAAGGCAAAGACGCGUGUCUUGGAGCACAAGGGACGGGAGGAUUUCAGCCAUACCUUGACGACGAAUCCAAAAUUGUUGUUUCGGUAUAGCGCGCUCACGUACAACACGCAUGCCAUCCACCUGGAUCCGAAUUCUGCAGGCAAGCCGAGGGGUUGA